UAUAAAGUAUGGAUUAUUUCCUAACUCGUUGUGGUCCUAUCACAGCCCUACAGUGCUGGGUGAUUAUUUCCCAGAAAGCAGUGGAAAAGCAAAUUACCUAUAGGGAAGACGCAGCAAUGGAGGUGGAUUUAAUCAGUACCCUGGGCCAUAACUGGGCAGUAUUGAGCACAGUCAGGUGUAGCCAAGGUUAUAAACCUUCUGGAUUUCAGUUCUGGGCGGGUGACGUCACCAAGUUAAAUAUAAAGCUCUUGUUUUACUGCAGUUACUAAUUGCCACAUGCAACUGCCAGAGGAUUCCCAACACAACAACAUGUUUUGUAGGUAACACCAAACCUCUUUUUGCCACUAUAGUUCCACCGUCACGCUCAUGCUUGGGCACACAAUCCCAUCACCUCCCCACUGACAGCCUCAUAGUUAUUAUUUCCAGGAUCUGCUCCUGUUUCUUUAGGCACAUGACCUUGUCCAUAUAAACAUAUCUAAAGCUGACCAAAAGCACCUGCAGGUCACUGGAGUAUGAUAGAGGCAUGACGUUGGGAGCCAAAGGUGCAACAGAUUCCCUGAAGCCAUAUCCACACUUAGUUGCGCAUAUCAGUCGAUUAUUUAUAGUAAACAAAGGUCUUGUGUAUUAAUUUACAGGUAUGUACAGAUAGAUGUGCUGCAAUCCAUUGUCUCCAUAAUAAAUUCUCUGCCCACUUACCCUUUAUACUAUUGGAAUGUGGCCCUUGUAUAAUUGAAUCAGUGAAGGUUGGACACCUAUGCUAAGAACACCCCAAAGGCUCAGGGUCCAUCCACUUGCCUAUUGUGGGACAAUUGAAUUAGUGAAAACAAACCACACCUAGAUAUAAGGACACCUAGAUAGAAGGCUCCGCCCACUUACCUAUGAAUGUGUCACACGAGGAGGCCAACUUCACCAAAAUAUGAGGAGUCCUUCAUACUGAUCUGAGGUUACAUUUGUCAGCCAUUGUAACUAUCAACAAGUGUUACUUUCUUUUCCUUCAAGCAGCAGACUGACAUUGAGCACUUUCUUACAGAAGCAAUAGAAUUACAUUGGCAUCUCAUGGGCGAAUAUACUGCAAAGGCAGAGAUCCUGGGGAGGUAUAAACCUGAGCUGAUCUGUAGAGAAAAGAAUAAGGAAUCCAAAUAUUCAAUUACGUGGUACAACUGCACAUUUCUUUCCCCUCGAGUUGUUUCCAUAGUAAGGGCACAGAGGUAUAUUCUCAGCAGUAGAUGAACAAUCCAUAGAUGACUGACCCAUGAAUCGGCUGGAGAUCACGUGACAGUUCUAUAAUGGCCACCAUUCCUUCAAUCACUAGGCGACUGGCUCGUCGCGAGUUCAGUUCUUCCAAAGAUGGGAGGCUGUCCGUAGGAGGUUCUGUAAUGAAGAUCAUUUCCAGUACAUCGGUAGAAUCACUGUUAACGGCAGAAGAAGACUUUUUGGAAUACUUGUCUUUCCUAAGCACGGUGGCACUGAAUGCAUUACUACGGGCUGGUGCAGUGGAUCCAGGGAAUGUAAAGCUACUGCAACAUUUCAAUGAAAGUUUCCAUGGACUCUGGGAAUUAAUAUCUGCAAGUUACAAAACACUAAAACAGACACAUGAACAGAAUUUGGCACUGGACACUGAUGAGCUCUACCUCCUGCAACAAGCAACUGACUUUGUUCAGAUAUUUAAAGAAUAUUUUGAAUCGGUUUCAGAUUUUAUGGUGGUAAAGGGAUUUGACAGAGCAGCCAAGCAAGCGAGUUCAUACUGGAAAUCCAAUAAAAAGCUGCUGAGGCAGAUGAUCAAAGACACAACAGAUGGCCCAGUGCAAGUUCUGCUACAGAGAGUCUUUAUUGACCCCUUCCGGAACCACGUGCAACAUUACACGCUUUUCUUGUCAAAUCUCAUCGAGGAUUCAGAAGCUGAACCUCUCACCGACGUUCUCAAUACCUUUGUGGAGCUUCAGAAACAUAUCAGUCAAAUUCUGGAUGAAGCGUCUCAAACAAAAAUACUGUGGUCUCAGAUAUCCAACAAAUUAACGCUUGCCCUGUGCCACUCCGAGCGGAGAUUACAAGAAGACAGCAGAAAUGUUCCGGUUACUGUUACCAAUGGAAGAUACGAGAGGGUUCUUCUAUUCAAUGACAUGCUGGUGUUUCUUCAGGGUCACGAGUCCAAGAGCUUUGACCUAAAGACAGUUUGGGUAGAUUCAACAGUAAAGCAGAAACCUGAGCCAAACAACUAUUGUCUGAGGAUAAUUACGCCGGAAGAUGAGAUCGUUCUCUGUGCUAGAGAGCCUCAAUGCCAGGGGCUGUGGCUAUGGAAGAUAAAUCAACUGAUUCGCCAGGCACUUAAUGGAAGCAGGGAUUACCCUUUAUGGGGUAAGACAGGAGAAGUAACCAACCCACCUACAUGCCGCUUCUCUACAUACACUUUCAGGAAUGACGGCAGAUUUAAGGAUGCUACUUAUGAAGGAGACAUGUCCUGGGGGAAACCACAUGGGAAAGGCACCCUAAAAUGGCCAGAUGGACGUAAUCAUGUUGGGGAUUUCAAGUUUGGUCAAGAAGAUGGGUUUGGUAUAUGUCUGGUUCCAAACUCUACCCAGGACCUAUACGAUUGCUAUAAAUGCCAUUGGCAGACUGGAUCCAUGCAAGGUUAUGGAAUCUGUGAGUAUGCUGAUGAAUCCGUGUAUAAAGGCUACUUCAAAGACAACAUGCGGCACGGAUUUGGGAUCUUAGAGAGCAUGGCACCAGACGCAGACCCAUUUAAAUACACUGGCAAUUGGGAUAAAGACAAAAGAUCUGGCUAUGGAGUCUGGGAAAGCAAAAACAAGGGUGAGAGGUACAUUGGAAUGUGGCUGAAAAAUAACAGGCAUGGUCCUGCCAUCAUACUCACUGAUUCAGGUGCCUGCUACCAGGGGACCUUCCACUCCAAUAAAAUGUCGGGUACAGGCAUUCUGCUGUCAGAAGACUCCACAAUGUAUGAGGGAGAGUUCACAGAAGAUCGUUUGAUGGCUGGAAAGGGCAAACUUACUUUUUCAAAUGGAUUCACACUGAUCGGAACCUUUAACAGACAUGCUUCAUUGGGCCUGCAUACUCAGGGAGUUCUCAACACAACUAGUGCCCAUGAUGAUGAGACAAUAAAACGAAAAUUUCAGCUAGGUUCCGAAUUGUUCCCUGUGGAAGAACGGUGGAAUGGUAUUUUCGAACCUUUCCUGAAAUUCUUAGAAUCUGGGUGCCAGGGAGAGACAGAAGAGUUCUUUUUAGGCUUCCACGUCCAGUCAAGUAAAAAACUCCAGAAAUCACAAGAAUAUCUUUAUUGUCAGAGAGACAAGGAUGAAGUUUCAGGUAAAAUUGAAGACAUUUUAAAAGAGAUUAGUGUUUUCCAAAAGCACGAGGACCUGCAGCAGUAUCUGGAGAAGGCUUUUAAGUCUUCCCAUCAUCCCUUUAAGAAGCUCUUGAAGAUCAUGCUUGUAGUAUACCAGGCAACAUAUGCUGGCGUGGGAGCAAAUCUGCAUCUCCUCAGCAUGGCCCAGGAGGAAAUAAAAUAUUAUGCCAAGAAACUAUUGGAAUUUUGCAGAGCCUUAAUAGUUAUGGCUGGAGAGAGAAAUGGUCACAGAAACUGUAUUUUGGAUGAAAACGAAGAAACAAGUGAUGACACCUAUGCUUACACCUUAAUUCUACCUCUCAUCCUACCACGGUUUCACCCCGACCUAUUCAUGCUAUACAUGCUUUACCAUGAGCAGGAGGACGGAUUCUACUGGCAGGGGAUUAUCCGUCUGGGGCACCUGACAGAUACAAAGCUACUGGAGUUCUUGGAUGUACAGAAACAACUGUGGCCCCUGAAAGAUGUCAAACUUACAACCAACCAGAGGUACUCCAUCGUGAGACACAAAUGCUUCCACUCAGCAAUUGAAUGUCUACAGAAGAUAAUCACGACUGUGGAUCCAAAAGAGAAACUGGAAAUCAUCCUGAAGACAUACACGGAGAUUGAGCGGACGGUAUCCCGAGUAGUAGAUAAAGAUUACAAGCUUCCCAUGGAUGAUCUUUUGCCAUUACUAAUAUACGUGGUGUCACGAGCAGGCAUACAACAUCUCGGAGCAGAAAUUAACUUCAUUCGUGACCUGAUGGAACCCAGUAACAGAGGAGGGAUAUAUGAUUUCCUACUAACUGCAUUGGAGUCCUGUUACGAACACAUCCAGAAAGAAGAAAUCCGACACUACACGUGCUAGCAGCUGAUUUGGGGAGUGUGAACUACACUGCACACUGAGCCUGACUGUUUCGGAAGUGCAAAAUACUUUUUAGUAGCAGAUUUCAGCAGCAGCCGCUUCUAUAACUACAGGGCUGCUUAAAUAUCUGCAUGACCCCAUGAUCUCCUCAAAAACAUCAGAGCAUGGAGGUAGAGAAUUACUAUAAUUUGGGGCUGGUUCCUUUCCAUUAGAACACUCACAGGGCUAGACUAACUCUCUAUCCAAUCAGAGGAUAAGAACAUUCACAACGCUAGGACAUCCUUUAGCAAAUCAGUGUAUCUGAAUAUUAAAGGGGCUAAAACAAAUAUGUAGCCAAUCAGAAUAUUCACAGAAAUAAAACCAGUCAAUAGUUAAUCACAGCUUUAUAACAUUUGCACGGCUAGAACUACUUGUAGUCAAUCAGCAGAUCAGAAUAUUCAAAGGCUUGGACCCAUCUGCAAUAAGAACUUUAGGAUGCUGACAGCACAAAACUGGCAACUGCAAAAAAAAAAAAAAAAAGAGUAACUGGGCAACGAAGGCACUGAAACUGAGUUAUAAUGCAAAUGAUCUUAUAAUUAAAGUGGGUGGGUAACAGUAUUUUUUGCAGGUCGUGAAUAUAUUUAUUGUACAUAAAGUAGCUUAUUUAGGGUUAAAAUUACUUCCAUUUCUUAUGUUCAAUUCUAGUUCUUUUGUUUGGGUAUAUUUAUCCUUUAUUUAUGAAGCACCUGCAUGUACAGAGAUUAUACAUCAUUCACAUCAGUCCCGGUGGAGCUUACAAUCUAAAGUCCCUAUACACUCACUAGGGACAAUUUUAUCAGGAGCCAAUGAAACUGCCUGUAUGUUUUUGGAGUGUGGUAGGAAAACCCAUGCAAGCACAGGUGGUUCGUUUGUCUCUGACCAACCAUCCUAACUCUCCAAGAACACCAGUUAAAAUUCCUGAAUAUAUUUAUUACCUAAAAAGAUGAAAAACUUUUUAAAAUUUUUUUUUUUUUGAUAGUAAAACAACUCAGUGGGCUGGGAUAUUAAUGCCUCAGAGAUAACUAUAUAUAUGUCAUCCAUGGAAACUGUCAUCAUCCAUGUCAACUGUCAAUGACGGCCUUAAGUCAGAAACAGAUAUAGGAACCCUUCAGUUCCCUGUGUGAGACAGUGACCCAGUUGGGCUACUUCUACCUUGGUGCUUUUUAGCCACUGCCUCAAGCAGUUAAAGUCAGCAACUGUCAUUAGCAAAAGUGCCCGAGCAAAACUAUCUGCACACCUGGGUCUGGCUGUGCCACUGAAAUCGCCAAUGCCAAAAAACUGAUUUGGCUUUACCCACCAGGCACACAACCGGCUGGCCAGCAAUUAUGGCUUUCAGGUUCUACUACAACUUCACAAAUGAUUCACAAUUAAAAGCCUUGAUAUCUUAGUUACAGUAACUUUUAAGUAGAUAUAUUAUGUACAUUUCAAACAAACGAGUGCCGACUCCCUAUGGAAACAGCAACUUGGUAUAGCACAACGCUGAAAUGAGUUACACUUGGUUCCUGCACACCACACAAUAUACUAGGCACAUACACUACAGCGAGACUAUUUUCACACAACUGUGCAAUCUUUUUUUAUCAACCAUUGGGCUCAGGGAUCGAGCAAGAGUUUUAUUUAUGCUGCCCGUUGGACAACGUUUUUGAUACUUCAAUUUUUUUUAAAAAUAAAAUUGUAAUUAAAGAUCUUUAAUAUGAGGAUGAUUGAAUUGUAAAUAUUGUAUUUGUUUAUUGUGUAAAGUAUUCCUGUGGUUAAAUGGAUGAACCUACAGUAUAUUAAAUUCUUUUUGGCAUUCGA